CGCACUACUGCCACCGUGUGCACGUUUGACCUUACCCUACAAGUCUCGCCAUCCUGAUGAGGCGAGCCAUGAGCACCACCAACUCGUCCUGUUGUUGGAAACAGGCAUGGUUCCUGUCCAUCACGUGAGCCAUAACACUGACUGCAACACAAGCAACGAUCUCCUGAUAGCCAAGAACGCCAUGAGUGGCCAGGCUUCUCCGACUGCGGAAGACAUGCCAGGAAGCGAGCUGCAGGAGAACUCAGGUGUACGAGAGACCUCACGCCAAUGCACGCUGCACCCAAGUGUUACCGGCGUUCGGCCCGGGCUAGGCGUGUUUCAACCUGUGCACAGCAUCUCGCGGGACGAGACCACCGACGCGCACGGGGGUAUCUACCUGCCCCCGAUUCCGCCUAAGGCACCCGCUCCCCUCGUGGCCAUGCAGCCUGAAGCGAUCCCACAGCUCUUUUAGACGGAGAGGUUGAAAUAUCGACCGUCCUUCUCCUGUUUGACACAUGAUGCUGUGACUAGCAUCACAGCAGAGCGCACUGGAACUGGCGAAGUUGGUCGUUCUGGCUGUUACAAGAGCUUCGUGGGCUUUGAGAUUUUGACGUACCGGGCAGUUAAUCUAAUAAUGUCAUCUCCCCUGAACGAGUUUGUGUUUGUACUGGUGCGAAAGUCGACGCCUGUGCAAUCAGUCAAGCUUUCGGGGUCAGGAUACACGUGAGAGCAGACCUUUUCUGUGCUUUUUAAUAAAGAAGCCCGGCAGGCACUAAACUGCUUUGGCAUCGGCCCCCUGUGUCGUUCUUGGCUUCCUGUGGGUUUUUGCGUGGGGACAUUGAGGCCGCAGACAACACCGAAUCUCGGAGGGAAGGGCGCGUUUUUAGAUGGAGAGGUAUGUUCCGUAGCUUGAGUUGUCUGGGUUUCGACGGCGUUCGUGGCACCUCUGUCUGUCGGCGACUCGAGUCUUAGGUGAAAGUUUUGGGGUACUGUCGAAGAGUGUGGUUUGGCUCACAAUGCACAGAAAAAAGCAACCGCCGUCCGUACAGAGAUAUCAGAGAAAGCUCAAGACGUUUUGGCUCUCUUGAUAGCGCUCUCUAGCCUUUUCCUACUGAGGAUUUAGGGCGGCGCACGUCGCCACCAGUGAUCUCGUUAGAUUCACAACCGGUCCCGUUGCGAGAUGACACGCAUUAGUAUAAUAGACAGGUGCGGUACUUUUCUCAGCCCACUCGUGGAUGAAUUAGAGAGGAAGAGCCUCCCAGUCUAUGUCUUGACGCUUUUGGUACGGGUGGCAAAGGAUGCACCUUGGUUGAGGCUUUCAAGGGGCAGUUGCCGAACGGGCUUUGUCAAGUACAGAACUGAUGACUGAUGAGCAACCGAAGGGCUUCGGGGUGUUGGUAGCUGCGGUGCUUCGGCGAUGAAAAAAGGUUACAUCAUAUACACUCGAGUGGUUUGUACCCU